CUCUCUCUCUCUCACACACACUCUAUGUGGCUUAUACAGAAAAGAAACCUCAUUCAAUUCAAGAAUCAAAAAUCAAAAAUCAAAAUCCAACAAAUUUCCCGAAGAUAAUCCCUAUUGUCUCCUUCUCUCUCUCUCUAUAUAUCUCGACACGAUUUUCUUUUUCUUGAUUUCUUCUGACUUUCCUUUCUUUUUGAAUCUUGAAUCAAGAAAGGAAGUUAAUUAGGGCAGAGAGAGGGGUUUUGAGAGGUGAGUUUGAUCAAACGAAAAUGUCGACUCAAAAUCGGCGUUCGUCGUUUUCGUCCUCCACUACUUCGUCGUUGGCGAAGCGGCAUGCUUCAUCUUCGGAGAAUAAUGGCAAGGCAAAUGCUGUCGCCCCGCCGCAUUUGGCCAAGAAACGAGCGCCUCUCAGUAACAUCACCAACCAAAAGAAUGCGUCAAGAAACUAUGUUCCACCCUCUACUUCGGUACCAUGUUCAAACAAAAUUGCUAAGGUGAAGAAGGCACCGUCUUCUUGCACUGCUCAUAAUAAUACAGGGGUCUUUGGGGGUGUUUUACCUGCAGCAUUAAACGUUAAACCAAGUACGGUUGUCCCUGGUAAAUCAGAUGGAAGUAAGGUCACAUCUCUACCAACAAGCUACGAAGUUGCCCCUACUCUCCCCACCCUUUCAGCUCCAUGUAGCAUGGACUUUUCUCCAAGUGAAUCAGAUGGAGUUUCGGUUUCUAUGGAUGAGUCAAUGUCUACUUGUGAUUCUUUCAAGAGCCCGCAAGUAGAAUACAUAGACAACAAUGACGUUCCAGCGGUUGAUUCUAUCGACAGAAAGACGUUCAGUAAUCUUCAUAUUUCAGAGAAUGCAGAAACAGCAGGGAAUAUCUGCAGCAGAGAUAUACUUAAUGAGAUGGAAGUGGAUGAUAAAAUCAUUGAUGUUGAUAACAAUUUCAUGGAUCCGCAACUUUGUGCAACCUUUGCUUGCGACAUUUACAAGCACUUGCGUGCCUCAGAGGCAAAGAAAAGGCCUUCCACAGACUUCAUGGAGAAAAUUCAGAGUGAUGUAAACUCCAGCAUGCGUGCGAUACUAAUUGACUGGCUUGUGGAGGUGGCUGAAGAGUAUAGGCUUGUACCCGAUACGUUAUAUUUGACUGUCAACUAUAUAGAUCGGUAUCUCUCAGGGAAUGUUAUGAGUAGACAACGGCUACAGUUGCUUGGUGUCGCCUGCAUGAUGAUCGCCGCAAAAUAUGAGGAAAUCUGUGCACCCCAGGUCGAAGAGUUCUGUUACAUAACUGAUAACACAUACUUCAAGGAGGAGGUUCUGGAGAUGGAAUCUUCUGUUUUGAACUACUUGAAGUUUGAAAUGACGGCACCAACAGCUAAGUGUUUUCUAAGGCGAUUUGUUCGAGCUGCUCAAGGGAUCAAUGAGGUUCUGUCGAUGCAAUUGGAAUGCCUGGCCAACUACCUUGCUGAAUUAUCCAUCCUUGAAUACAAUAUGCUUCGUUAUGCUCCAUCACUCGUUGCUGCUUCUGCAAUCUUUUUGGCGAAGUACAUACUAAACCCGUCAAAGAGACCAUGGAAUUCUACCUUACAGCAUUACACACUCUACAAGCCUUCUGAUCUCUGCGAAUGUGUUAAGGAUCUUCAUCGACUAAGUUGUAGCAGCCAUACUUCAACGUUACCAGCAAUCAGGGAAAAAUACAGUCAACAUAAAUACAAAUUUGUGGCAAAGAAGUACUGCCCUCCCGCAAUACCACAAGAGUUCUUCAACAACCAAAGCACCUAGAUAUUGAGGUAACUGUUCCAAUACUUUGUUGGAAUAAAGUUUGAAGCGGAACUCUCCUGCAAUAUAUAGCGGUCUGCCUCUAAUUGGGGUUCUCAUGGCACACAGUUCAGAGCAACUUCAUUGUAUCAUUCUCUGUCUGAUUCUCCUUUUUUUCACUAUUGAUGAGGUGUCAUGGAUUCAUGAAUAUCAACUGGUAUGGCAGCGGAAAUGAGAAAAAAAAAUGUAAUAAUUCAUGAGCUUUUUGGGUUAGUUUUUUUCCUGGUUAAAUAUGUAUGUAUCACAA